AUGCAAAUCCUAUUGACAGGUUCAUCCGGUGUUGUAGGUAGUUACGUUUUGGGUUAUCUAUUAGAACAGGGACAUGAUGUAAUAGCAGUGGACAGAAUCCCAUUAACAGAAAAAACAUUAUCAGAAUUAUCAUCGAUUUACCCAGAUAUAUCAUCGGGAACAUCAGAACGUCUAAAACAACAUAUAAUAGAAUUAACAUCUAUUGAAGACGUUAAAGAUCUAUUCAAUCAAUAUAAAGGAUCAAUCAACGGUGUAAUUCAUUUGGCUGCGAUUCCAGAUCCGUUAAAAUUUGAUGCAAGAUUCACACAUAAUUCAAAUGUUAAUGCUUCUUUCAACGUUUUAUAUACAGCAGCUGAAAAUGGUAUUCAAAGGAUAACUCAAGCUUCUUCUGUUAAUUUUACUGGAUUAUCAUAUACCAGAAAAGAUAAACAAAUAUUCGAUAAAGUACCUAUCACCGAAGAUGAACCUAGUCAUACUGAAGAUCCCUAUGGUCUAUCAAAGGUGAUAUGCGAAAUGCAAGCGACAGUUAUAUGUCGAUUAUUCCCCGUUCGAAUAGCUUCCUUGAGAUUCCAUCAUGUCCUUCCUACUUUAUCCGAAGCAGAGAAAUAUGCAAGAUACGUUGAAUUAUGGGCAUGGACAUCAUCUUUAUCAGCCGCACAAGCUUGUUUACAAGGAAUAACUUCCGAAGGUUGGCAAGGUCAUGAACCUUUUAAUAUCGUCGCUCCUGAGAUAGCUUGGAAACGAGGUAUAUCAGAAGAAUCAAAUCAUAAUAAUAGUGACAAGAACGAUAACCGUAAAAAUCAACAAGGUCAAAGUCAAGGUCAAAGUCAAGGUGAAUCCGAAUCUGGAUGUGAAUCUGAAUUGAACACUUUGGAUUUACUGGAUAUGGAUAAAAGGUGGAAUGGUAGAAUAGGUCAAAUAGAUCAUGAUUGGUGGAUCGACAACAAGAGGAAUGGUUUUUGGGAUUGCACAAAGGCGAACAAACUGUUAGGUUGGCAACAUAAUGUCUGA